UUGAGAAAUCCUGACACCGAUAACCCAACCAGAUCCAAUUGCGUCGCCCGUCCUUGGCAAGGCCGUCCAAGCUGAGAAGACUUGUCCGCAGAUACUUAGUAGACUGGGAUGAAUUGCGUAAUCUGAACCUCGCUUCCGCUUCAGAGUCGCCGUUUUGAAACGAUUUAUGAAAGAGGGGAGGGAUAUCGCUACCAAAUCGGGGGCCAAAGCACCGAGGCAAACCGAUGAUGCGCUUGGAAGUCUCCCGCCCAGAAUUAGUCCUCGCAACUUUUCAACGUCACUUCCUGAACUUCUCCGUCUAUUUACAGGGUCGUCAAAUGCCCAGCCACUUAAUGCCCCACAACCCGAGUCCCAUCAGGUCGGGUUCCUUGCCCGCAUUGAUCUGCAAGACAGAGAAAGGUCCUUCCCCGCACUGAUCUACAAGCCGGAGAACGGUCCUUCCCCACAGAUCGACGGACUUUGUCUGUUCACCUCCUGCUUUAGGUGGAUAAGUGGACAACUAACGCCCUUUCGAACUGUGAAUGUUCCAAGCCGGCAGCCCCGACUGAACUAUAUUCCCGCCCUAGAACCUUUUAUCAUUCCUCCGCUUUUUCUCGAAGUGGAGAAACCCUGUCGAGAUCAUUCCUCCCCAAUAAGCUUUUGUAGAAACAAGAGUUGUUCCACAACAUGCUUCCCAGAAGAGACGGCACAAUCCUAGGGAACUCGUCUCAAAGCAAGAGAUAACUUUUUGGUUUCCAUAUUUC